AUGAUUCGAACUGCUCUCACCCGAUCCACUGGCGCGCUCAAGGCGGGCUCGCGCACCUUUGCCGCUGCCUCGGCCCCGGCAGCUGUGCGAGCCAAGCACACGCUCCCCGACCUUUCGUACGACUACGGCGCGCUGGAGCCCGCCAUCUCGGGUCAGAUCAUGGAGCUGCACCACAAGAAGCACCACCAGACGUACGUCAACGGCCUCAACCAGGCCGAGGAGCAGCUCGGCGAGGCCAUCCAAAAGAAGGACGUCAAGUCGGCCAUCGCGCUGCAGAAGGCGAUCAACUUCAACGGGGGCGGACACAUCAACCACACGCUCUUCUGGGAGAACCUGGCUCCCCCCAAGAAGGGCGGUGGCGAGCUCUCCGGCGGUGCGCUGAAGGACGCUAUCGACAGGGACUUUGGCGGCCUCGACCAGCUCAAGCAGAAGUUCAACGCCCAGAUCGCUGCAAUUCAGGGAAGCGGCUGGGGUUGGUUGGGUUACAACCCGCAGACCAAGAAGCUUGACAUCGUCACCACUGCUAACCAGGAUCCUCUGCUCUCGCACGUGCCUCUGAUCGGCGUCGACGCCUGGGAGCACGCCUUCUACCUCCAGUACCAGAAUGUCAAGGCCGACUACUUCAAGGCCAUCUGGGACGUCAUCAACUUCAAGGCCGCCGAAGAGCGUCUCAAGAAGGCCCAGUAG